GCCAUUUAAAAUGUUUGUGUAACGUCAAAGUGCGCAGAGUUCGGCUGUGGUGUUUAGAUUUAAAACAAAACUAUUAAAUUCGAAUUGUUUACCAUUUAAAAACAUUUCAUUCAAUCUGCAAGUUGGCCUCUGGAUUCACAAUGGUAAACAACAUAGUCACCAUUCUGGACAAUGGAGCGUAUGCAGCUAAAAUCGGAUCGACAACGUUAAAAGAGCCAAAAAUCAUACCCAAUUGCAUAAUGAAAGCAAAAUCAGAACGACGACGACCUUUCAUUGGUGACCAAAUAGAUGAUUGCCGAGACAUAUCGGGACUUUUCUACAUUCUAUGUUUCCAGAAAGGAUAUUUAGUGAAUUGGGACGUUCAAAAAACCGUUUGGGAUUACAUUUUUGGCCAGGACUGCUGUGCCAUUGAUUUCACGAAUCCAUUCAUCAUUACCGAACCGCAAUUCAACUUCAGUUCCAUUCAGGAGGCAAUAACUGAAAUUUUCUUUGAAGAAUACGAGUGUGAAAGUCUACUGCGCACCACAGCUGCGGAUCUGUGUUCCUAUAAUUUCGAAAAUUCAACCGAUAAGAAACUGUGUUCUUUAGUCAUCGAUAUGGGAUUCAGCUUCACACACAUUAUUCCCUUUAUUAAGGGGAAAAAGGUUAAGGAAGGCAUUCGACGGAUAGACAUUGGCGGCAAAUUGCUGACGAAUCAUUUAAAAGAAAUUAUUUCAUAUCGACAGUUGAAUGUCAUGGACGAAUCGUAUGUGAUAAAUCAAGUGAAGGAGGAUGCUUGCUUUGUGUCACAGGACUUCAAUUCCGAUAUGAGGGUAGCUAGAAAAAAGUUUCCGGAGAAUACAAUCGUUCAGGAUUAUGUUUUGCCAGAUUUCACAAGCAUCAGAAGGGGAUUUCUGUGCGAUCCAGUUCCAAGUCGGGAAAAUCGAGAUCAGCAAACUUUGAGGCUAACGAACGAAAGAUUUGCGAUACCAGAACUUUUGUUUUAUCCUUCAGACAUCGGAAUUUAUCAGUGUGGUGUCCCAGAAGCUGUUAUGGAAUCAUUGAAAGCAUGCCCGGCAGAAGCAACUCCACAUCUCUUGGCUAAUAUUGUUGUAGUUGGCGGAUGUGCUCUGUUUGACGGAAUGGAGUCAAGACUACAAUCGGAGAUUCGGGCUUUAGCUCCAGCUGAUAUGGCCGUAAACGUUACAGUACCUAAGAACGCACAAACUUAUGCGUGGGAAGGUGGCGUGAAGUUAAGUCAAAAUACAGAAUUCCUUGGUAUGUGCAUGAGUCGGGAGGAAUACGACGAGGAGGGUGUUCGAGGAGCGUAUGAUAGAUUUGAUAUUUGAAUUUCGAAUUAAAUGAUGAAUUAAAUUUGUAAGAACCAGAAGA